AUGCAAAGCAAUGAUUCCCAAGACACCUUUAAGAAGCGAAUGAGUCGCAUAAAUGCGAUUUUGACGUCGGUGGUUAUUUGGUCAUUUCUCCUACUCACUCUCUUGUUUUUGGCAUCCAUUGUGUUCGGCAUUGUAUACUCCGGGAUUCAUUAUCAUGGCCCAGGCUGGCACGAUGCUUCUUCGGCGAAAUCCGCUUGUGUUUCACCUUAUGGCGCCAUACUUGGCGUGGCAGGCGAUGUGUUUGCGUACAGUAACUGCAUCAGAAAUUACGAUAGUAAAAGCAGGAAUAACGUUUCAAGUCAAAACAAAGAAAGCGGAUUGGAGUGGGAUUGCAUGGAGUUUGCAAGGCGGUAUUGGAUGCUUCGUGGAACUCCCGUGCGUGCAACGUUUGACUCAGUGGUCGGAGCUGCCGACAUUUGGGCACUGAACUCCGUGCGGCUUCUUGACGGAUCUAAAACGCCGCUGCUUAAAUACCCCAACGGCCUCCCACGCCGUGAUGGCGGCUCCGCUCCACGUGCCGGCGACCUGCUGAUAUACCCGCGUCAGCGGAAUGAUUUUCCGUUUGGGCACGUCGCCGUCGUUGUCGGUGUGACGAAGAACUCUGUUCUCGUUGCAGAGCAGAACUGGGACAACAAGAUGUGGCCCGGACCGUAUCACAACCACUCCCGCGAAAUCCGCAUGCUGUACAGCCCCAUCCAUGACGCCUACAACAUUACGGAGGAGGAAAAC